CCCUCUCAAUUAGCACUGCAUGUACUGUGCACCUGAAAAUGAGCUCUCGUUUGAACUCUCGAUUCGUCAUUUUUGUUACAUUCACCAAUCGUCACAGAGAUCAAUUUCUAACGUUAGAUCGAAUCAACUAAACCCAAUUUCGGCUUCUUCGACCAUUGCAAUGGCGACUAGAGUAAAUGACUUAAACAAUUGUGAUUUGACGAUAUUCUGAGCUGGAAUUGUUGUGACUUCUGAGCAGUUCGAGCCCGCCGGAGCUCCGGCCGGGGAGACGAGGAUACCACUCGGCGAUAUUCCGUUUCUGACCUCAUGCUUCUUGUGAUGGUGACCUCUGCUCCUAGCAGUGGCGUUUUGUACAGUGUCAUAAUCAGAGACGUUAUGCAAAUCUUGGAUCAUGCCUUUCUUAAAGAUUUGAGUUUCUUCACAUGAUGAGCUAAAGAAUCCUCAAUGAGACUCAGGACUGAUGACAGUUAUUCAAGGAAUGGAUGUGUCAACAAUCUUGCUUACAAUCUUGAUACCUCUGCUAGCAUGCAGUGUGUACUACUGCCUUCAUCUUAAGCAACAGCUUGCUGCCUUUGUGACUACAAAUGAGGAAUUCAGUGACACCAGUCCUCUAACCAGUGAAGAAAAGAAUCUAGCCAAUGGUUCCCUGGAUUGGGUUACAUAUCUUGAAGAUUGGGGCAGCAGUGGUUGGUGUCAGGGUACAACUAAUGUUGACAGGCGUUGCAUUUUCCACAAUCUUUGCUACCUCUCCGAAUACAAUGAGUUUGUUUUCCUGCAUGCUCCACACUCCAUUAGUGAAGGGAUCCCAGAUGAUCGCCAACAGCCAGCUCUCGCUGAUCUAUCUUCUGUACCAGAUCAUAACACCCAGUACUUUGGUUAUGUGGACGUUCCAAGUUCUGCUGUGCAAUCAAUGAAGAAUAUCUCUUAUCAGGAAGGAAAGUACCUGCUUUUCAAUCGUUUCAACACUGGUAAUCUUAUGCACGUGUUUCAUGAUGAUCUCUUACCUGUCUUUUACACUCAGCUUCAGCUGGAGAUUCUCAAUAUGCGAUCUGGUAUAAAAGAUGCAACGUUACUCAUCAAUGAUGGCCAGGAAGAAGGGCCCUAUUUUCAUCUUUAUAAGCACAUCUCAAAACAGAUGCCUAUUCUUACUCAUCAAUUAUAUCAAGAUGAUUCAUCAAGUUUGACCUGUUUUGAAGAAGUGCAGGUAGGACUCAGCAAGUUGACCACCUGGUAUCAAUAUGGUUUUGAUGUCCCUCAAGGUCCUCUGAAAGACAUUGCUGUCACCUCUAAAGAAAUCAGAUUGUUCACAUCCUUUUACAAAUCCAAAUUAAAUAUCCCUAGAUGCAAAUCCCAAACAGAAACUGAAAUUGAGAAUACGUUUGUUAUUCUGUCGAGGAGAAGUAAUAGGCUCAUUCUGAAUGAAGUGGAAUUAAGUUUAGCACUGGCACAACAUUUUGACGCAUUUGUCAUUGUAGCAAGUUUAGAGACGCAUUCCUUAUCAGAACUCAUAGGAUUGAUAUCUUGCUCUAAAGGUCUGAUUGGUGUCCAUGGAUCCCUGCUGUCAAUGUCAAUCUUCCUUCCUCCAAGUUCGAUAUUAGUCGAGAUAUUUCCUUAUGCGGUGAAUCCAGACAACUACACACCUUACAGGACGUUGGCUCACCUAAAGGGAAUGAACAUCAUUUACCGAGCAUGGAGAAACAUUCUUGAGAAUAACACAGUCACGUACCCUGAUGCAGAGCUGGACCUCGGAGGCAUCGCUCACCUAGAGUCAGAGAUCCAGGAUCAGAUCUUAGAAAGUUCAGAGGUUCCUCCUCACCUAUGUUGCAAUGAUCCGGCAUGGUUGUUUAGAAUCUAUCAGGACACCAUUGUCGAUAUCAACAGUUUCGUGGAAGCAGUCAGAGAUGCUCUUCAAAAAUCUGAUGAAAGAGACAUCGAGGAGGAGAUUAGGAAAGUACCCUUCCAGCCUGGAGCUGUCCUAGAGCUUUCCUGCUCCACCAUUCCUCUUCCAUCUGGGAGUGCAUCAAGUGAUGAUGAUGAUGAUUAUGAAGUUGGCCUUCUGUUGUCAUGGAAACCACCUUGGAAUAUUCCUUUCAUUCAGAAGACUACCAAAGCUGGUUACCCCAUCACAGUGGAGUAUGAGGUAAUGAUUCAAGAACAGGGGAUGAGUGACUUAUAUGCAGGGGCGUUUAGAUUGUCCAUGACCUCUCAUCGAUUCAAAGGAAAUUUCAAGAAUAGUCAUGUGUACUUCGCAUGGGUGAGAUGUAUAGCAGGCGAUGUGGCUGGGCCAUAUGUAGCGAUCACCUCUUGUCCAUACAUUGAGAACUGAAAAGUUCAUUACUUUCCACUACUUUCAUUCAUAAAAUAUUGAUGGAAAGUUUUGUGCAAUAUUUUUACUACUACCUGUUUGAAUAAUACAUGUAGCAUUAAAUAACAUCUUCCAUGUCAGAUUGAGUGUCAAGAAAUUCAAGGAUGCUUUGGAUACCCAGCUCAAUUGGGUUGGGAGAAAAUUUUAGGAUUCUCAAAAUUGGAAUUAUUUCAUUUGUUGUCAGUAUGGAUGUUAUUAGAUCAUUUCCUAAUUUUAUUCUUCCUAUGGAAUAAAAUUUACUAUCAGCGAACUAUCCAUAUCAUCUUAAGAAAAAUAUAGUUACAGGUCAAGAAUAUAUUACUAUUUCAAUGUGGAUAUAAAUGAAUUAAUAUACAAAUAUUACAAAAUAAAUUAUUUGAUUGUUGCGGUUUAAUACUCCUGUGUCUGAUCAAUCUGAUUUGUUGAAUUUCAGUAUUUUAAAAUUCGAUUUAUAAAAUUUUAACACCUUUUUCUCAUCCAUGAUGAGAAACAAAGGGGCUGUUUCAGAAAGAGUUCUAUACAUUCAAUUGCAAUUAAAAAGAUAAUACGUAAUUCUGAAAUAUGCACUUCUGAAUGGUUGAAAGUAAAGUUGUGUUUAAUUUCUGGAGCUGCAUUUGAUUGCAACACUUAUUGCAACAGGGUUCUGAAUAAUUGUUUUAUGAAAUGAUCUUCAUAAUGAAAUAAUUGUGCAUGACUGAACUUUUUCUGCCUUGUAUUUGUGCUAUAAAAAAGGAAACAACUUUAAUCAUAAACUUAGGAAAAAAAACAUCUGAGAGGUGAAUAUGAUAUUUAUCUCACACGGUAAAAAUACAGAUUUUUUUUGUCAAAAUACUGAUUUUGGGGGAUAAGAAUACUGAAAAUGCAAAAUACAACUUGGCAGCUCUGGGUGAUGAUGAAAAGAUAUUAGUAGAGAAGUUAGAGUCCAACUUUCCUAACAUACUUUGAUUAUGUGUCUUGGACCAUGGAUCUCUGAGCACUGUUAAAAAAGUAGUGCAAAAUCUCCACUUCACAUAUACAUGUAGGCACAUUUUUAGGAUGUGCCUAGAACGAAAUGCUUUACGAAUGUUUAUAUUUAUGUGUUUAAAAUGAUAAUGUUCAGUAUCUUUGAAUGUAGAUUCUUGAAUGAAAAAAAGUAGAAAGAGUAUCCAGGACAAAUACCCCCCCCCCUCCGUUUUUUCCCUUAAUCUUUUAAUUUCCAUGUGUAUUUAACCUGCAAGUGAACCAAUUGCAAAGUUGUUUUUAAAGCAGUUGUGUUUAGUGAUGCAUGGUCCCGAAAUCAUAAUCAAGGUAUGAUUGAAAUGCUAAUGCAAAAUCCAUAUUUAUUAAGUUAUGAUUUUGAUUGUCACUGAUCUACAUAUUUUCUCAUUAAGGAGGUAAAUGGAGGGGAGGGGGAGAUAGAGAAAAAAGGAAGGAAGGAAUUGAGGUGGACAGAGAGAGAGGGAGAAAGAUGACCAAUUAAAAGGAGAGAAAAGGUGUGGAAGAGUUAAGUUUGUGAAUAAUUCCCCAAUAAAAUAUCUGCCCAUUGUAUUAUGUGAUGCCAUUUUCAUUAAAGACGUGGCAUUCUUC